GUACCAGUACAUAUGACCGUAGAUAAUAGCUUAUAAUUAUGACUCGGACAAACAUCCUGCACUACUACUCAAAUCAGUACUGAACUGCCUAAUUAUUGGUUACAACGUCUUAGUCAUAAUUCUCUUUCUUCCAACCUAUCCUUAUCCGUUAGCUGUACGUUGCGCAGACUGUUAGUAAGCGAGCACUCUUUAUCGCUCAGUCAUCUCAGUUUGUAACGUUUUCGAAUAGCUAACGUCUUUUCACUUAUGUAGUUAUUUGACUAAAAAAAUAUUUUCUUCAGGUUUACUUUUAAUCACUUUGUGUCACAGUCCUCCGGUUAGACGUAAUACAGCAUGCCAAAUAUUUCGUUUUUGUUAGAUUCGUAUGUCCAUCACCAAACCACUAGGGUUAUUGUGGCUUUUCAGAAAAGUGGUGUUCUUAUUCCCUAGCUGUGGUCAGUACGUCAUAUAAUUAUGAACUAUUGGACUUAGAAAACUAUUUAUGAGACUAAUAAUAUCGUAAGAAAAUGUUUCUAAGUUUCUAGAGAUUGUGACAAUAAAUGAUUGAGGCCUGUUAAAAGUAAUGGUGUUCAUAUCCUUCAAUUUUUUUAAGCUCAAUUAUAUGCGGAACAGAUUUUUCACUUACCAGGCUAAGGACCACACCCAUCGUGAGGGUUGAUGAUAAUACCAAGCUUCCCAUGCUGAAGUAGGCAGGGUGGAAUUCGAACCCGUGAUGCAUCGGCUGAAAGGUUGAGUACUUAAGCCAAUGAGCCAUAUCUUCACUCAUAUACCUAGUCUAAAAAUAUCGUCAGUUUAAGUGCCAAUUCUGACUCUCCAUCUCCGAAUAUUUCUUAUGUAACCAAUCAUACCUUGCCUACAAUCCUUUAAGGUUACCUGUGAUUUUCUUUGUCUAUUUGGUAUCUUUUCUUAAUACCGGGUUCAAGUGAUGAAAUACGUUGUUAGUAUUACAAUGAAUGUAACCUGCCAAAGAUUGUAAGGCAUUGACUGGAAAUGAUUAUUUUCUCACUCAUCAACUACAUACAUAUCAAUAUACUGGAUAAUGAGUUAUAUAUUAUGUAUUAAUUGCACACUGAUGAUGCUAUGAGGCUGCCCAAAUCUCAGUUGGUAGAACGAAGUUCUAUCUGUAACUCGCUGGCUUAAAUAAGUGCAAAAAGGUGCAUUAAGUAGAUUUACUUGUGGUGAAUCUUAUGUCUAUAAGUGAAGGAAAUCUAAUCAGUAGCGUAAAUCAAGCGCAACUGAAGACAAUAUAUGAAAGCAGCACUCAUGAGCCAAUAAAACUAGUCUACAAAUGCCUUACAUCACUCAGAGAAUCAUUCAGUUUUUCUUGUUUAUGUAAUGUUUCUCUCACAAGAUGCACAUAUUCUUAAUAAAUUGAGAUGAAGAUUAGUGAGUCUCCAUUUUAGGGACUUUACGUCAAACCCGGAAAUGUAAAUCAUUGCAAUUUUUGAGUGGUUUGCAAAUUUUUCUGUGUUUAUGCACCAUCACUUAUGCGUGAUGUUGAGUUUCUUGUCACGGCUUUUUGUGAAGAUCUUACUAUUAUGUCCUAUGGAUCCAAGUUGACGGAUUGUAUUGUUCUGUUUUCAGCAAUCCCACUUUGAUUACUUUUUAGGCCUAUAACUCUAGUUGUCGCUAAGUGCUGGGAUCCUAAUCCAGCCGAACGUUAUUUCACGGUACCGCGUCAAGAACCUGUACAUCCUAUUGAUCCACGUGCCUGGGUGCUACAUACUAAUGCAAUGACUACGCCGGAGUCUCAUAUUCAAGGAGGAGAUUCACACAGACAAGUUAAUGGGGCUUCUAUAACUGGCGCUUCAUCAGGUGGUGAGUCAAGUUCUACCCUUAGUCCACCCGGUCUUACUCCUGGGAUGAGUAUGGGUACUUUAACUUCAGGACAAACUUCAAUGCCUUUAGGCACAAGUGCAGCAGCUUUUAAUAUGGCUGCUUUACUUGCAGCUUCUCAGCAAAAGCAGCAACAAGAACAGGAACAGCAAAUGCAACAGCAGCAGUUAAUUCAGCAGCGGAUUCAUUUGCCCCAACCUACAUUUUAUCCUACGUCAAAUGUGAUGCUUCCUCAUGGUUAUACUCAGCAGAUUGCUCCUAGUGUUGUUACUGCAUCGAGCUCUCUGCCUGAAAUUGAACGAUACUCGGACCCUAUCCCACUAAGUUUAUCAACUAGUAUUCCGACCGUAAUUCGCGCUAUGCUGCAACCGGAUUCUGGUCUGGAUAUUCGGGACCGUGUCUGGCUCAAGUUAACUGUACCAAAUGCAUUUAUAGGUUCUGAUCUUGUUGACUGGCUGUUCAGGCAUUUGGAAGGUCUCACUGAUCGUAGAGAAGCUAGAAAGUAUGCAUCCAAUCUGCUGAAAUUAGGAUACAUUCGACAUAUUGUAAAUAAACUAACUUUCUCAGAACAGUGCUACUACGUCUUUCGGGAUAUUAGUGGACUUAUGUCUUGUCUAAGCUUAGAAGAAGUUGAUAGUGUCAGUGAAGUUGGUGCUCUCCCUCAUUCUAAUUGGGGUCAUAACACAACAAGUACCAGUCUAACUGUCAGACCUGGUCCAAAUACUAGCAUGCAAGAAUAUAAUACAGGUCACACUGUUCCCCAUGGGGUUGUCGGGUCAGGAAUUAGAGAAGGAAAUAGCAGUCAAUACAGUACAGUACCACCAAUGUAUCAUCCACCGGCUGCACCACUAGCGGCUCCUAUUCGUCAGUUGAUCGCAGACGGCCAGAAUGUAGCAGCUAAUAUAAAUCUCCAGCAGUCUCACAAUUUAUCCAGGUUGAAUGAUGGGAACAGAGAUAAUAUAUCAGGUUAUUCUAGUUCAACAUCCAGCACCAGCAGCGGAUCAAAUCACUUUGAUCGUGAAAUCCCUGAACAUAAUAAAACGCGCCCUUCCGAUUUAUCUGCACCAAACCGUCUUGGGGCUCCUGGAUUCACUCAUUCUCGGCAGCAAGAUCCUCUUCUGCCGAAUUCACGGUCGUUAAAGCAACAGCAUUCCCAGUCGAAUUCAAAUUUGGCACAGACCCUCAUGACAUCGGUUGCUAGUGGUGCCCCACUGCACCAGUCUAGGUUAAAACAUACUUUUUUCCCCGAUGGUAAUGAUAUAUCCCAACAACAUGAGCUUGCAGCAUCAUCCACUGGUUCAAGUUCAACUUCUUUCGGAAAUCCUAAACAGAAUGCAUCUACUAAUAAUUCAGAUAUAAAUAAGCAUCAGACACAAGAUUCAGUUCAAAGAAACUCUAUGCUGAGUUCAAAAAGUAGCAGUAGUAGCAGUUGUACUCCGUUGAAUGCAAGUAUGCAGGAGAUGCGACCAUUGGGUUCACACUGUAUUUCUCACCAUCAAAAUAAUGCUCCUCCUCCACCUCCUCCGAGAAUUUCAACAGCGUCUUCUGGUUUUACACUCACUAGUCACCCCUAAAUGUGAACCAAUAGACGAAAUGAAGUUACGGUUUUGCUAGUUCCUUGCAACUCGCCUACCUCAUAUUUUCUGCCUUUCGGCAAUUUCUGAAGAGAUGCAAUAAUUGCGAAUAUUGUGUCGUAAUUUAAUGUAAAAUAAAAUGUGAUACUUUGACUUUAAUAGUAUAACCGUUUUUUCGUUACUCAUUAUGCUCAUCCAAUAACUCAGGCCAUGUAGCUGAUUUUUACUUAACGACGCACUUGGUUUCAUAUUUCUUAUAUUCUUUCAAAUAAAACUACUGUAUAUUGUGCAAUCUAUGACACGUCAAAGUAUUUUUUUGUGGUCAGAAGCACUGCUACACUUUUACCAACCCUCCACAUUCGAGUUGGUUAACGUUUGUAGUCUACCUCGAUGUAAUAUAUAUAUGUUUUAGUUUAUCUGGUUGAAAUAUCUUUUGUAAUCUUAUCCUCAUUCACACCUUUGAACCUUACGAGCCGUAAAUUACAUUUUAUAUGACUAUCCUUUUUUUAACUUGCCCAGUCUACUUUGUUUUGUUUAACGCACUUGUUAACUGGUGGGAGUUUACUUAGCUGUAUGGUUCUGCCAAAAACUGUAGAAAUGAUUUAUUCUUCAAAAGUGGAUAUCCCCGUCAUUUAAUAUUGAUCCUCUAAUUUGCGUUUACAUUUUUCAUGAUUUAAAAAAAUGAAUUCCUUUAAAUAUCUUGUCUUUUAUUUGUAUUAAAUAUUCUUUA